AUGCCGUCGACACGAGCGGGUUCAAUCUCGCCCAUCCAACCAUCAAUCUUUGAUCCUGUACAAGAAGAAACGCAAGAGGAUUAUCACACAGAACCUACGACAGCUCCCCAUUCUGGAUCCGCCGACGAUCAGGAACAUUACGAUCUCAAGCCUCCUCCGCCCACCGUGUCGCAUUCGAAUAUGGAACAACUCGGCACACGCUUCUUCUCCGUCGACCACCUAAACGUCAUUCUUCGCGACCAUCAAGCAUCUACCCGCUUCCAUCGCUUCCUCACUCAGUACAGGCCGUACACCCUGCCCUCUCUCGAGAGUUAUGUCGACACGCAAAAGGCCGUUGCUGCUAUAGAAUAUGCCAAUUCUCUUGCGGAUAGUCUACCCUCGUUGACUGGUGACAUUCCGAGGCCUGCAGCUACCGUGGAAAAGAGCUUCGAAGAACGAUCACGCCUGGUAGUGCAGGAGUUGGUCGACGAUGCUCUGCCCGCCUACCUCACCCACCGUCUUGUACAACUCGUAACCGACAGCCUCGUCAAAGAGAUCACUGGCAACAUUGCGCCCGUCUUGCGUGAUCUGAUACCUUCUCUGGCCGAAGUGUACUGCAUCAGCGAUCCUUCGCUACCCGACAACCCCAUUGUUUAUGCGUCCGAAGCCUUCUACGACAUAGGUGGUUAUCAGAAGGAUUUCGUGAUUGGCCGCAACUGCCGAUUCUUGCAAGGUCCAAAAUCGUCUUCCGCCUCCGUACAUCGAUUGAUAGAAGCUUUGAGAGCUGGCCAGGAGAUUACCGAAACAAUUCUCAACUACCGACGCGAUGGCAUACCCUUUAUGAACCUCCUCAUGAUCGCACCGCUGUACGAUAACAAAGGCACCGUGCGCUACUAUCUCGGCUGCCAGAUCGACGUCACACAUCUGAUCGAAGGCGGAAAGGGCAUCGAGACCUUUGAACGACUUCUCGCCAACGAUCGCGCCGAAGAACGAUACCGUGGUCGGAGCAGCCGCAAGCCAACACAGGUGCUGGGAGAGUUAGGCCAGAUGAUGAACGACGAUGAGUUGGAUGCUGUUAAUACCCGUCAACGCAGCCAGUCGCGCAGCUCGACUCCAGCUGGCUCUUCGCGCGUUGCUCCUGCUCCUAUCAGACAUUCCCGCAAAGUGUUCGGUAUGGACGAAUCUCAUGAACGUGGAUUGUGGCCUCAUCCUUCUCUCGGCCCCUCUGGACGUCUGCCUGGUGUAUACCAGAAUUUUAUGGACCGUCUUGGAGGACCACAAGAAGUUCGCGACGGCGUGCUUGACAGCCUUUCCCACGGCACUCCCGUGACAGCAAAGAUCUCCUGGCUCUCUUCGCCAACAGUUCCCGACAGUCCUCGGCGCAUCAGUAUCGAGGGCAAGCCACGCUGGAUUCACUGCACGCCCUUGCUCGGUAGUGACGACAAAGUAGGGGUCUGGAUGGUCGUCAUGGUAGAGCAAGAGAACAUCACAGGAAACCUUACAAGACCGUCCGAACUACCCAAUUCUUUCCCAUCACCACCUCCAAACGUUAUGGGUAGAUCCUCGCUGGAGUCUCCUGUUAGAGGCGGAGAAGGAGCGAGAAGUCCAAGAUUCAAACCUGAGACUGGAAAGUUGUAUGCCGAGUACCUACGUCGCGAGGGCAGGAGUAAUGCGCCUGAAGACGUGGCCAUCAAUGGCUCGCUGGGCAGUGGUAGUUUCAGGGAAGCGAGACCAUUCCAGGAUUUUUGA